AUGGGGAUCUGCUUUAUAUAGAUAAGACUGGGAAUCAUGCAGAGGACUUUUUACGCAUUGCACACAUGAGCUGUAUUGUACCUGAGCCAAGAUGGCCUAUGAUUCCUCUCAGAAUAAAACAUCCAAAGUUGACACAAAAGUCAAAGCAUGAUAUAUUUAACAUCAAAAAUAUCUCUGUGGAAGAACAGCUUGGGAGGCCACAUGAAAAGCUUGCUGAUUCCACCUUUGACUUCAGUGAUAAUGAGUCAGACUGUAGCAGUGAAGACACAGUAAACCUAAGUGAAGAUAUGGAUUUUCAAAGAAACUCAACUAGGUCAACACAUGACCUUAUAAGCGGAACCGCUGACACCAACAAAGGCAAGAAAAUGUCAGAAAAGGAAAAAGAGAAGCAUGAAUGGCUACAAGCCAAAGAAGAGGUCAGCAAGUUCCUUGGACUUGUAAACCCGGACAGUGGCUUCAUGAUCAGAAUGAAUAAUGAAGCUCAAGUCAAAGAUGCAAUGCCAAUCCUUGAUAACAAGAAGAUAUGUCUCUUUACAAAGAUACCUCUUCCCAAUACAAGACAGAAUGCGGUUUUCCUAAAUAUGUUGCGAGAGCCACAUAAAAUGUAUUCAGAUGGUGAAAACUGCAACAACCAUAAACUUAACUGUAUGGACACCGAGAGAGGGUUACGCUCAAACAAAAUAAUGACUAAACCAAAGGCACAAAUUGUCAAUGGCAUUAAUGAAGACAGUAUCAAGAAACCAUCAAGACCUCUUCUUCACUCUAACCAAGGAAACUUCCUGAAAACUCUUAUUUCCAAAGCUUCAUAUGACAAUGUGCAUUAAAAAUGCUAUUUAUGGACAACUACGUGAAAAAAUAAUAAAUGUUAACAGGUUUUAGAUUACAAUAUCAGAUUAUCCUUAGAGUGUUCAGAUCAAUGACAUGUAUAUGUACUUUGUUUUACUUGAAAAUCACAAUGUAUCAUUUACCCAAUGCAUGAUAUAUUGUUCUACCACUGUGACAGAUAUUUUAAUUAAGCUAAUGCACAUGUAAGGAAAAUAAAUGAUUUUAAAAGGC